AUGGCACAAACCAGUGAAACGCUCGAGAGCUUGCUCGCCGCCAUUACAGAGCUCACCACAACGCUCACGGCCACUCUUCGGGCAAGGAACCUGCCUGAGCCAUCAUUCAACGAAGAUGCACCAGGAUCCCUACCACCUGAUCAAGAUAUCCAAGGCCCCCGUACCAAACUUGUCGGAGCUCUGAUGGAUAUGCUGCAUCUAGCAAUGGGCCCCAACGAGUAUUUUAUCACACAAAACAUGUGGAUAAGCAAUGAGGCCAUGGCACUAGACGUCCUCAACCGCUUCAACUUCUGGGGCGCGGUUCCAAUGGGAGGCUCUGCCAGUUACGCCGAGAUUGCAGCCGCUACGAAACUACCUGAACAAAUGGCUCAUCGAUUCCUUCGCUUCGGCAUGAGCAUGUACCUGUUUCGAGAAGAGUCUCCUGAGUCCAACCGGAUUGUCCACACCGCUGCCUCUGCAUAUAUGGCUCGUAACCACCAUAUGCAGUCCUUCACGAGUCAUCUCCUUGAAGACGUCCGCCCUGCGACUAUAGUAAUGGCAGAUGCAUUGCAAAAGUGGUCUGCUGGACACCCGACACCGAGCGAAGAGUUGGAACAUGCUGCCUUCUAUCUAGCGAGUUUUGACGGCAAGGUGGUGUCUCGUCCAAUGUGGGAAUUUCUCAAUGCGGAUGAGAAGGAGGGCGAGCCAAAAGGCUAUCGUGCAACUAGAUUCGCUGAAGGACUGCAAGCUCUCGGUGGCAUGAUUAAUACCGAAACUUAUGUGGAAACGUUUGACUGGGAGAGCCUUGGCGAGGCUAUUGUUGUUGAUGUUGGCGGUUCAAGCGGCCAUAUCAGCGCAAUGGUCGCAAAAUCCCACCCACAACUCCAUUUCAUAGUUCAGGACCUCCCGGAACUACAGCCAGCCUUUGACGAAGCCAUGGCAUCAGCUCCUAAGCUUGCCGACCGCAUAUCAUUCCAAGUUCACGACUUCUUUACGCCACAGCCUGUUUCCGCAAGCGCAUACAUCUUUCGCAAUAUCUUCCACGAUUGGCCAGACAAAUACGUUGUGAAGAUUCUCCAGCAACUAGUCCCAGCUUUAACACCAGGGGCUCGAAUUGCGUUAUUCGACAUCAUUAUGCUUCCAGAUUACGAUGAAAAUCGACAGCGACCGCCUUUACCGGUGAGGAAGAUGCAGGGUGCUUUUGACAUGCAGAUGUUGGCUCUUUUCAAUGCUAAGGAACGUACAGCUGAAGAUUGGACUAUCGUAUUCAAGAUGGCAGAUGAUCGGUUCCGGGUGAAUGCCAUAAAGAUGAUCCCAGGUGCUAGCGUAGGACUUAUCGACGUUGUAUUUGAUGGAUAA